AUGGGUAAUAGUUCUCUAGUGAGGUCCUCUAUUGAUAUUGGAAUUAAGGGAAAAAUUAACAAUACUCCCUCUUUUAAAAGUAGUAGUGGCACUACAUUGAUUGAAAGUAAUCAUAACAGCAGCAAUGCAAAUAUUGGAGGAGGGUCAUCCGAUCUAAAAUUAUAUCAAAAAUUGAAUGAUGAGGAAUUUGAAAAGGUGGCUCAAGUAUUGAGGAAAUCACUAAUGGAUGGAAUUGUUACUCUGCCAGGCGAUUUAACAAGGUCAGACUAUAGACCAAUGGAAGCUUCUUCCUCACCACCAAAUCAUUUCAUCACCACCUCUUCAACUUCAUCCAUUGAUCAAUCCAAAACUAGAAAUAAUAGUUUGAAUGUACAUUCAUUUCGUUCCUCUACGAGAAAUACUCGUUUGAAGGAUAUUAAGGGAACCUUUUUUUCAGAAUCCAUACUCAUCAAGAGUUCUAACAAUUCACAGUUUAAUAAUAGCAGCAGCAGUCAUUCAAAGAUAGUGUCAUUGCAGCAUGAUCAGCAUGAUGAUGAGAUGGAUGCAAUGAAACGAUUUAAAUUACCACCAAUCUCUCCAGCACACCCUUUUUCUGAGAGGGAUAAUAAUAAUAAUAAUAACCAAACAGCAAUCACUUCAUUUGAAUCAUUGAUUGAUGAAACUCAUCAUGGAGGGGGAGGAAACUCACAACCUUCUCAAUUUGAAUUUGACAAUAAUAUUAAUCAUACAAUUUCAACUCCUGUGGGAUCAUCAACAUCUUCAGAAAGCAGCUUGGACCAACACCAUCAUGUCAAUACUUCUAUUGAAUUACAACAAGACAAGACAAAUUUAUCAACACCAAAUCAAGAUAGUGCAAUUAAAUCUCAAUCAGAGUCCACAACCAACAAUUCAACUCUAACCCAUCAAUCAUCCAAUGAAGAGCUCGAAGUUUUCAUUUGUCCAUCUCAUGAUGCACAUCAUCUCCACAAUCAAUAG